AUGACCACAAAUAUUGCCGAGUCGGUGUGCGCUAUGUUGAUUGACGAAAGGGAUUACCCCGUGGUAUCCAUAUUCAAUUCAAUUGCCAAGAGGUUUGGUGAAAUAUUCAGGGAGAGGUGUGCCUACGUUCUCAAAUAUAAGGAUAACAAAUUUGUUCCUACCGUCGAAAAGAUCUUAAGAGACAAUAUGAGCGAGGGUGACCCCUUCUAUGUGGAGAACAUAAGUAGGGAUAAAAGGCAAUACACUAUGUUCGAAAGUGGAUGUACGGCCAAAGUUGACCUACUGAAAAGGUCGUGUUCUUGCAGGAAGUUUAACCUGGUCAAAAAAACAUGUGAUCACGCGAUGGCCACUUUACAAUUGAAGCACGGUGAAGAUUAUGAUUUAAGAGUCUAUGAUUACUCUUUGCCCCUGUAUAAAUUGGAAGAGUACUUCCUUGCUUAUUCAAAAUCAAUUAAUGUUGUCCCUUUGGAGUUCGAAUGGCGCGUUCCACAAGAAUUGCUAGACGUGAACAUUAUUCCACCUCUCGUGGUCACCAAGCUUGGAAGAAAGAAAAGAAAAUACGUUAAGGGCGUAGCCAAUACUUUCAAGUCAAAGAGGAGGAACAAAUGUUCAUUGUGCAAGAGACCCGGGCACAAAAGAACCACUUGUAACAACAACAAAUCGUAG